GAAAGGGGUCAGAGCCGGGCUCCCGCGGACAGACAGACCCGGACCAUGGCCAAGGCCUGCGCUGUGAAAGUCAGCGGGGAGUCCCGCCGGCAGGUCGAGCUCUUCAGGGAAUCUCUCUUCAAGGAGGCUGAGCAAUUCCUGUCAACAUUUUUACCCCAAAAAAUCUUUCAACUGGACAAGUUCCUGAAGGAGGAUUCAUUGAACAUCAAGGAUCUCUCGACCCUCCGGGCCCCCCUGGAUAUCCCCAUCCCUGACCCGCCCCCCAAGGAUGAAGACGAGGACUCGACUAACAUGGAGACGGAUAAGGAGGAGAAAAAGGAGACUCCCAAAUGCGGCUACCUGAAGGGCAACGAGGCCAUGGUGACGCUGCUGGGCCGGGUCAAGCCGGAGGUGCGGGAGCUGAAGGAGAAAUGUGUUUUGGUCAUCACCUGGAUCCAUCACCUGAUCCCCAGAAUUGAGGACGGGAAUGAUUUUGGGGUGGCCAUUCAGGAGAAGGUGCUGGAGCGGGUGACGGCCAUCAAGACCAAGGUCGAGGGCUUCCAGACAGCCAUUUCCAAAUAUUUCUCUGAGCGAGGAGAUGCCGUGGCGAAGGCUUCGAAGGAGACCCACGUGAUGGAUUACCGGACUCUGGUCCACGAGCGGGACGAGGUGAUCUAUGGGGAGAUCCGGACCAUGGUGCUGGACAUUCGGGGCUUCUACGCCGAACUCUAUCACAUCCUCACCCAGAACCUGGAGAAGCUGACAAACCCCAAGGGCGAGGAGAAGCCAUCCAUGUACUGAGGGGCCCAGGGCGCCUGCCCCCCCGAACCCUGCCCCCCAGCAGGGGAGGGGCCGGAACCAGACUGCAAAUAAACGGUUCCCCCAG